AUGUCUCUGCCACAUCCCAGUGGCACUGAGCUCGCUCACACUGCCACAGACGAAGUCCCAGGCAUGCAGAUUCCUGCGCCGCCUGAACGGCCAAACGAUCAUCUGUCUUCCACAGGCUCCACAGCCCCAGUCAGGCGCAACCCUAGACGCUCCCCCUCACCUAGGAAGAGUGAUUUAUCAGGCCCAGCCAACCCUCUGGGACUCCGAGGCCAUCGAGGCUGGCAGUAUCUCGAUGAACAAGGUGUACCCCUCACUGCAGAAGCUGUUCAACGGCUCAGCGAAACACCCAUACCUACUCUCAAGCGCAAGCCUUCCCGAUCAGUGAGCCCCAGCGUCGCUCCCUCUUCGCCUAAGCGUGCGAGAAGCGUCUCUUCAGCUGCUCCUCUCUCACCUGUCAGUGCCACGCCCACACAGCACUCCCAGCCCUCGAGAGUGCUUGUCCCAUCGUCCUCGCUGGCCAGCAGCAUCGAUUUCACUCAGGAUGACGAAGAUACAGUCCAGCAGACUCCAGAACCAGCGAAGCGGCGGCGAAGACGCGAUGACAGCCACCUCAUCUUCUUCCAGAAGAUCCCAGUGACAACGGCUGGCAAAGACUACUUGUGUCGACUCUGUGGACUCGAAUACAAAGCAGGAGAGCGUAACCUCAGAUCGCACUUGACAGGUCACAGGGAUCGUCCUCCCUGCUCCAAGCUCUCUGCAGCCAAAGUUCUGUUCCCAAACGUAGCUCUACCAGCCCCCUACCUCAAGAACUCUGCAGCAGCGAACGACAGCGCGCAGACCACGCUUCCAGCUGCAUACCAGCCAAGUUCAGACUUCAAACCUGAGAUCUUCGCGAAGCUGCUCACGCUGGCAGUGGUAGAGAGCCGCCGAGCUAUCCUCCCCAGUCCACAAACCAUUCGCAGGCGCAUCACAGACCUUCAUUCCGAGCUGGAGGGAGCGGCACGCACAUCAUUCCGGGCCUCUGGAUCCAUGUGCAGCCUCCAGACUGACGUUUGGACAGCUGCAGGAGGCAAGCUGUCGUUCACUGGCGCUAAUCUGUCUUGGAUCGAUCAGGAUUGGGUUCUGCACACCGAUUUCGCCUUCUUCAUACCCCUUGUGAAGCGCCACACCGGUGUCAAUCUUGCCGAGCCUUUGGGAGCGUGGCUGAAGGAGCAAGAGCGUCUCCACGACGUUGUCUCUAUCACCACUGAUGGCGCCUCCAAUAAUGUCACAAUGCUGGAACACCUUGUGAACAGCCACACCACACGCUUUCGAAAGGAGAAGGACCACAUCCUGUGCGCUUGCCACGCGAUCGGUCGCGUCGUGCAUGCGUUCAUGGAGGCCCUCGGCUGUUCUGUGCCACCUCUUCGGCUUGACAAGGCUGUCAAAGCGCCACAGCUCCUUGUCAACGGAACACCACUUCCAGGCGAUGAUACGAGCUUCGCUUUCGCUCUCAUUCAAGACUCUCUCGUGGAGAACACUUGUGAUGAGUCUCAGACACUCUCAUGCGAAGAAUUCGCCCUUGAAGACUGUUCCGAUGAUGAUAGUGGCACCGACAGAGAGGAAACCGACAGUGAGACUUCCAGCGAUGAAGAGUGCUCUGGAACGGCUCCCUCAGUGUCCUCAUCGAGCCAUGGACGCUCAGCACACAUGGCUCGCAGGUUCUGUAGGGUUACGAACCGAAGCGCACACCUUUCAGCCGAGUUUGAGAAGAAGUCAGGUGGCAGAUCACUGAAACAAGUAUCUGGCAUCCGCUGGGGCAACGACAUCGAGGUUUGGGAGUCUGUUCUUUCGCUUCAUUCUUCAAUCAGUGGCAUGCUGCUAGAUCACGCCACACACUAUGGCAAGCAUGAUAUUGAGCUUGAUACCAACGAUUUCAUCAACCUUAGGGUCUUGAUUGAUGUCUUGGGCCCACUGCGCGACUUUACAAGACAAAUGGAAGGCAACAGGCCGACAGGAGCCUUCGUUUUGAACAUGUGGCUGCAGCUGCUGGCUCAUCUGCACGAAAUGCGCCGAAAGUAUGCGAAAUCGACCGAAAUUGAGCAAGCAGUCGAUGUGGCACGUCACAAGGCCGAGUACCACCUUCGAAGAGCUGCACAGUGUCGCCCCAUCAUCAUUGCGACAGCUCUGAACCCGAGGUGCCGUCUGAGCUACUUCAACAAGAACCAACAGCUUGGAAUCGACGCUCUUGAUGUGAAACGCCUUCUCAUCGCUGCCUGCGAGGAGGCAGAGGCCAGGGACUGCUCUAGCGAUGAGAUACGGCCUCAGGCUCUUGCCUCUGAAGUACUCAAAGUGCAGGAGGACGCCUUCUACUGCGACGACGUCACAGAAGAUGAGGGGUCGUUUCCUGUCAUUGAGGGUGAGAUAGAUCGCUACAACCGUCGCAUUGGAGCCUCUCCACGAAGCCGAGAGGUGCAGCAUGACCCCCUUGAGUGGUGGCGCCUCAAUCAGCACGCUUUUCCAACGCUGGCCAAGGUGGCUCGCCAUCAUCUGAGUGUGCUGGCUGCACAAGCAGUGACAGAGCGACUGUUCUCUGCGUCAGGAGCAGUCUGCGAGGCAAAGAGGAUGGGUCGUUUGCACCCCAGGACUAUCAGCACGCAGGUGGGCGUUGAUCAGCUGCUUAGGAACGGUCACAAGUGCAAGGGAGACUGGGGGACAGCGCAGAGCAUUGUCAGCAAGUCCAAGCUCAAAGCGCAGACUGCAAGGCAUAUUGAACGGCCAGAUAGAGUGGCUAACAAGGAUAUAUAG